UCCACUUGCCUCUUACUUGUGACUUUAGUGGAAAUUUCAAAUUCAGUAUCUGACACAGACUGAUUCAUGUUCUACACAGACAGCACUGAUGUCUGCAUGGUCUUCUAAAAGCAGCUUUAGUCAGCUUAGAUGUGAAGUGAGUGAAAUAUACAGUUGCGUUUUUAAUCAAUGUAUUUGUUCUCUAUUGCAGAUUGAGAAGGAGUUUCUGCGAAUCACCACAAAGCCUCUGCUAUCUACUUUCUUUGCCGAGCUUGACCAAUACGCGCCACGCUUAAUGGAAAUCUUUCUGACCAAAGGAGGGACACGUGGAAAGAAAAUAAGAGGUCUCAUGCUUGCCAUCUCCAAGCAUGACAACAUCCAUACCAGACGAGCAUGCAUCUUGAAGUCUUUGUGCAUCCACCUAAACGAAGACUAUGAGAAGUUAAUAAAGGAGUACUUGGAUACGGACAGCGAGGCAAAAAGCUGCAUGGAGCAAACUGUGAUGGGGGUGUACGUCAUCCAGAAGGAGGGUGCUGAACCUGAAGAUGACCCAGAGGACGUUGGUGUCGUGAUUGAGGGUGUGGAGGCUAACACUGAUUUGGGUAACAUUGCACAAGCAUGUGCUCUGUUGUUUGGACUCAUAUACCGUUUGAACCUGAGCUACCCACCAGAACUUAAAUGCACCUUUGAAGUCCUCCAGAAGAUACUUUUAAAUCUUGAUGGACAAAAGCUGUCUUCAAAGGUACAGUUUCUGAAAAACAAGCUUAUGGGGUGAGAGCACUUGAAAAUGCCUGAUAGGUCUUGAAUGGUUCAUUGGUGCAAUGGUGAUUUCCAAUAUAUAAUGUUAAUAUUUGAGUUGUUUAUAUUUUUUUUCUUUCAUUUAAAACAUUUUUUUUAAGUUUUUGGAUUCUCUCUGUUGGGCAAUUCACCUUUUAUACAGCACUGCAGAUGAUUUUUGUUUGUCCUUAUAUAGAUGGCUCAAAAUGGAUCAGAAGUACUGACAGAAGUACUAUGUUGUGUUUAUGUAUCAAGGUCCUGUAAAGUUUAAGACCACUGCCACCUGUUAAGUUCACUGUAUUAUUGUUUCCAUUUUGCUUGCUAGCAUGUUUUAAAACACAGCAAAACUAUAUUGCUAGCUGUGGAGGACUGCAACCAAAAUUAAAAAAACAAAUACAGAAAUAUAAAAAUUGGUCAAACUAAUAAUUAUUUCAAUGAGAUACACCAAACAAAUAUAGAUUUUCAUCACCUAUGGAAUUUUUUGUUGUUGUUGUAUUGCCCCCAAAAUAUUUCUAAUUAUUUUAUUUUUCCAAAUUCACACAAUUCGAUUUUGUCACAUGUUUUAACUUGCCAAGUGGGAGAUGUAUUUUUAUCUUUUAGUUUAAUUUUUUAAAAUGCAGUCGAUAUAUUGAGCAAAUUUUGCAUCUGUUUUUAGUUGUGGAAGCUUUGGUUCCAACAUAUUACCUAUGUAAAUAAGUAUUCUAACAUUUUACCUUUUGAAGUGGCAUAAUGCUUGCAGGUGUACAAAAAUGGUAAGCUUUUAUAUUGUCCACUAAAUCCAGUUAAUAAAGAUAAUGUUAUCAUAA